AUGAAGAUAUGUGUGGCCAUCAUUCUGUCAAUCGCCCUCUUUCUGGGUAAUUUUGUCAAGCUCCGAGCUUCCGUUACUGGGCCGGUUCCCUCGGACGGUGAUGGUCCUGCGUCUCAGGUGUGUCAGCAGUGCUGCCAGGGACCUGCCGCAAUACCCGGCAUACCAGGUCUGCCUGGACCGAUGGGACAGAUGGGGCCGUACGGUCAGCCGGGGUCAAAGGGUGAUGUUGGUGAGCCAGGUCAAAAAGGUGAGUUGGGACAGAUUGGCCCUGUUGGUGAGCAGGGUGCAUCUGGGAACCCUGGAGACGACGGGAUAGGCUUUCCUGGCAAGAUAGGUCCGAGAGGUCCACCAGGUUUAUUGGGAGCAACGGGGCAGACUGGUGUUAAAGGUCAAAAGGGUGAGCCAGGGGAGACACCAGACGACUCCAACCAGCGGGUAGCAUUCACCGUGGUGCGGACGAGCGACUUCACGUCUUCGAGGUCCGACACCCGUUUGCCCUUCCAGGAGACCGAGACGCUUCUGCCGGGUACCAGCUUCAAUCUUGAUACCGGCACGUUUACGUGUAGUGUGUUGGGCACCUACGUGUUUACGUUUUCUGUGCGCAAAUAUUCUUCCUCUAACUUUAUUGACGUUAGCCUCAGGAAAAACAACGACAAGGUCGUCGUAAUUACUUCCCAUGAUGAAUCUGAUCAACGUGGUCAGUUGUCUGGUAGCGCGGUGCUGAUUCUGCAACAAGGAGACACGGUGUAUAUAACCAUAUACGGUAGAGUGUGGAGUCAUCACACCGAGCACUUCACCUCAUUCAGUGGCUUCCUCCUUUACCUCGAACAGACAGACAUUAAUCACGAAUAA